AUGGAUCUCGACACUUUUUCUGGAGAUCAUUACCGGAAUUCUACAUGUAUGGCGACCAUACAAGAUGACCUCAAGGUUGCAUAUGUGAAAGACGCUCCGCACUACGAGGUGCAUCAGGGCGACAAGAACCCAGAAAUGGAGGCUGAGGUUGCAAAGAAACGCGGCAAAGUCAGGGAUUGGGGGUACUGCUAUAUCAAGGAGCCAAAGAGCGAUUGUUGUACCGUACAGGUGUUACUCCCGUGUCUCUCACAAGUACUCCUGGAGCAGGCAAUGUCGAGUGAGAAGGACAAGGAUCAGCAGCAGAGUCAAGAAGAGACUCCCUACAAGCUGGUAAUGGACCAAGAUCAAAGAAAGUUCACCGAGUGGGAUGCCAUUUUCGGUCAAGGCGGUCGAGCCAAUCAGAUUCGCAGUGGCAGUCGGUUUCGGCAGCUGAUUGUGAAGCACAGCGAUGCCUACAGCUCGAUUCCUGCGCGAGACUCUACUUCCAAGCACAAGUUUGUCUACCAGCAAGUGGUGAAUCCUCUCAAAGAAAAGGGCGGUCGCUUCUUUUGUUUGGAAGGCGGCAACAUUAAGAUGUUGGACCUCCAAAUCAAGACGGAUGCGCGCGUCAUGAUGACCAAACUCCAACAGGCACUCCGCGAUGAACGCAAGCGGACACGAGCUCAGAUGCGGCAAAAGGCUGCCAAGAAUGCGGCCAACAACGAGGUCCCUUCCAAGGCUGGCCCCUACGACACGGUCUUUGGACAGCAUGCCGCCGCCAAAAAGGCCCGACAGGGAUCUGUCUUUGAAAAACUCAUCUCCUCGCUCUGUGACACUUACUUUGCCAUGGACAAACAGUACAAUCAGCAUGCUCCCUACACCAAAUAUGACUUUUGUCGCGAACAAGUCGUCAAACCGUUGCUGGCACAAGGAGGACGCUUCUUUUACAUCAAGGGUGGAGAAUUGGCCGAACUCAAGUAUCAUGAGAAUGCCGACUGCAAGGUCAUUAUGGCACGCAUUCAGCAGUCGUUUGAUUUGGAACUCAAGCGCAGAAAUCAAAUUGCCAAUUCACCUCAUCAGCAUCAUAGCAAGGACGCCAUUCGUGUGGCCAACUUUCAUCAGAGAAACUUGCCGUCGACGGGAUCUCCCGGGACACAACAACAACAAGCUUCCGCCACAUCCUCCAUCUACACGUCGGCGGCCAAUACUAAUAAUAAUCAACCCAUGGAAAUCUUGAGCAAUUUCUCCUCGAGUUUUGGCAACAACAAGACCGCAGUCGAUGCCAAUGGACAUCCAGUCAUUGGAGCCACCGAUACGGCCAUGGAGGCAUUGCGAGAGGCGUGUCAGCCGUACAAGGGUACGGGCCGACCCGAUGGUGCCUUGAGCAACACCAAUAACAACAACAAAAGCGCCAAUGACGAAAACAAUCAAAACAUGUCGGAUGCUCCACGGUACAAUCGACAUGAUUUGGGGGAAGACUAUGGCAAACUCUACACCAAAAAGGACACGUUCUUUGGAUCAGCGUUGGAACACUACCAUCAAAAGAGUGACUUUUGUGCCAUGAUUACCCAACAUUGUUCCGCGUACACGUCUGUUGCCACGGAUGAUUUCCGCACACGACAGGAAUUUGUCUUUGCGAAAAUCAUGGAACCGCUCUUGGAAAACGAAGGACGUUUCUUUAUUCUGCAAGAGGGUGUCAUGAAGGAACUCGAUCUGUACGAUGAAAUUGAUUGUCGCAUUCUCUUGACCAGCAUCCAGCAGGCGUUUUUUGAUGAGAACAAGCGACGCAAGCAGCGCAACAAGGCCGCUGCGGCGGCUGCCGCGGGCAAGUCCGAAGGAGGUGACAACAAGGAUAAGGAUCCCAAAAAGAGCAGCACCGGCAACACUGGCAGCAGUACCGCCAACGGCAACAACAGUAGCAAGCCUAGCAGUACCAGUACCACCAACAAGACGGAAGAGAGUGGCGGUGGCGGCGAAGAGGAGGAGGAAACCGACGACGAAGAUGACGGCAUGUUUUCCGAUGCCGAAGAGAAUACCGUCCAGCCAGUGAUGGGGAUUGAUGAGGAAUCCAUGCAUUCGCUGUUUGCGAACUUGCGGGACAAGAUCCAGCUUACCGUCUAA